UCCCAGGAGGUCAGAGCCAGGCCACAGUAAGAGCAGAGCCUGUGGUGGACUGUUUUUUGUUUACUUUGCAGAAGUUUCUGAAGGGCAGAGCAUCUAAGGAGAACUGAACAGUCUAACUUCUCCCCUGUUCAAUGCACCCCUAAAAGAUCCAAAACAUGAAACUGCCAACAAGAAUUAUUUGGUUUAUACUAUGGGCUGUUUGUGCGGCAGAAGAUUGCAAUGGACCUCCCCCAAGAAAAAAUGCAGCAGUUCUUUCAGGUUCUUGGCUUGAAGAAGUAUAUCCAGAAGGCUACCAGGCCAUCUACAAAUGCCGCCCUGGGUAUCGAACUCUUGGGACUAUCAUUUAUAUAUGCAGGAGUGGAGAAUGGGUGGCUGUUAACCCAGCCAGGAUAUGUCGGAAGAAGCCCUGUGGGCAUCCUGGAGAUACCCCUUUUGGUUCCUUUACACUGGCAGUUGGAACUGAAUUUGAAUUUGGUGCAAAGGUUGUUUAUACCUGUGAUAAGGGGUAUCAACUGUUAGGUGAGAUUGAUUAUCGGGACUGUGAAGCAGAUGGAUGGACCAAUGAAAUUCCUGUAUGUGAAGUUGUUAAGUGUUCACCAGUGGCAGAACCAGAGAAUGGAAAAAUUAUCAGUGGUGCAGUGGAACCAAAUGAGGAAUACUAUUUUGGACAGGUGGUGAAGUUUGAAUGCAAUGAAGGCUUCAAGACUGAAGGACAGAAAGAAAUAUACUGCUUAGAAAAUGGUCAUUGGAAUAAUGAAAAACCAAAGUGUGUGGAAAUUUCCUGCACACAACCAACAGUUAAAAAUGGAUACUCUGUAUCUCAGAAGCAAGUUUAUAAAGAUCAUGAAAGAUAUCAAUACAAAUGUGACCCGGGUUUUGAAUACAGUGAAAGAGGGGAUGCCAUCUGCACUGGCUCUGGAUGGAAUCCUCAGCCCUCCUGUGAAGAAAAGACAUGCAAACCUCCUUAUAUUCCAAAUGGCAUCUACUCACCUCACAGGAUUAAACACAGAACUGAAGAUGAAAUCAGAUACGAAUGUAAAGAUGGCUUUUAUCCUACAGCAAGUGUUUCAAAGUGCACAAUUACUGGCUGGGUGCCUCCUCCAAGAUGCAGCUUGAAACCUUGUGACUUUCCACAAAUCAAACAUGGACAUCUAUAUUAUGAAGAAAGAUACAGACCAUACUUUCCAGUUCCUAUAGGAAAACGAUACAGCUAUUACUGCAAUAAUGGAUUUGUAGCUGCUUCGAGAUCAUAUUGGGAUUACAUUUAUUGCACAGCGGAGGGCUGGGUGCCCAAAGUACCAUGCCUCAAGCAAUGUGUUUUCCAUUCCCUGGAAAAUGGGCAUUCUCCCUACUAUGAAAAAGUAUAUGUACAGGAUCAGUCUGUGAAUGUCCAAUGCUAUCCUGGCUAUAGUCUUCCAAAUGGUCAGAACACAAUUACAUGUACAGAGAAUGACUGGUCCCCUCCACCCAAAUGCAUCCGUAUCAAAACAUGUUCAAGGUCAGAUAUCGAAAUCGAGAAUGGUUUUCUUUCUGAAUCUGAUUUUGUGUAUGCUCUAAAUAAAACAACACAAUAUAGAUGUAAACAGGGAUAUGUUACACCAAAUGGCGAAUCAUCAGGAUCAGUUACCUGUCUAGAAGACGGAUGGUCAGCUCAGCCCUUGUGCAUUAAGUCUUGUGAUAUGCCUGUAUUUGAAAAUGCUAAAACCCAAAAUACUGGUACAUGGUUUAAACUCAAUGACAAAGUGGACUAUGAAUGCCAUGUUGGAUAUGAAAACAAACAUAAAUAUAGGAAGGGCUCCAUAACAUGCACUUAUGAUGGAUGGUCUGACACACCCUCAUGUUUUGAAAAAGAAUGUCAUAUUCCCAUAAUAGAACAAUACUUAGUUGUUGAUCCCAGGAAAGAAAAAUACAAAAUUGGAGAUCUGUUGAAAUUCUCUUGCCGACAUGGACUUGCAAGAGUUGGACCAGACUCAGCGCAAUGCUACCAUUUUGGAUGGUCCCCUAAGUUUCCAACAUGCAAAGUAGGUCAAGUAAAGCCAUGUGGCCAACCUCCUGAGCUCCUCAAUGGAGAAGUUAAGGGAACACAGAAAGAAGAAUAUGGACACGGUGAGGUUGUGGAAUAUAAUUGCAAUCUUAGAUUUGUGCUGAAGGGACCCAACAAAAUCCAGUGUGUUGAUGGGACAUGGACAACCUUGCCCACAUGUAUUGAGGAAGAGAGAACAUGUGCAGACAUUCCUGAGCUUAAGCAUGGCUAUGCUCAGCUUUCUGCCCCUCCCUACCUCCACGGAGACUCCGUGGCGUUCAGCUGCAAAGAGAACUUCACAAUGAUUGGACAGAGGUCAAUAACUUGCAUUAGUGGAAAAUGGACCCAGCUUCCUCAGUGUGUUGCAACCGAUCAACUUGAGAAGUGUAAAGCACCAAAGUUAACUACAACAGAGGGGAACCAAUCAGAUGAGUUUAGUCAUAACUUUAAUAUGAGUUACAGAUGCAGAGGAAAGUCAGCGUAUGAACACUCAAUCUGCAUCAAUGGAAAAUGGGACCCUGAACCAACCUGUGCAAAAAUAGAGAAAGAAUCCUGCCCACCUCCACCCCAGAUUCCCAAGGCCCAAAUUAUGAACAGUACGUUGAACUACUUGGAUGGAGAAAAAGUAUCUGUUCUUUGCCAGAAAAAUUAUGUAACUCUGGAAAGAGAAGAAAUGGUGUGCAAAGAGGGAAGAUGGCAGUCACUACCACGCUGUGUUGAAAAGAUUUCAUGUUCUGACCCCCCUGAAAUAAACCAUGGAACUAUUAAGCUAUCUAGAUUGUCAGAAGAAAGGAGAGACACAGUUGAGUCAAGAAUUCAUGAACAUGGCACUAAACUCAGCUAUAUUUGUGAUGAUGAUUUCAGAAUAUCUGGGGAGAAUGGGAUAACCUGCCACAUGGGGAAGUGGAGUUCUCCACCUCAGUGUGUCGGACUUCCUUGUGGACCUCCACCUUCAAUACACCAUGGUAUUGUGUCUCAGGAGCUAGACACUUACCAAUAUGGAGAAGAGGUCACAUACAAUUGUUCUGAAGGUUUUGGAAUUGAUGGACCGGCAUUUAUUAAAUGUGUAGGACGAAAGUGGUCCCAGCCACCAAAUUGCAUAAGAACUGAUUGUGGUGAUUUACCCACAUUUGAUAAUGCCAUACCCAUAGAACAGAGAAAGGAUUCAUAUAGGUCAGGAGAACAAGUGACUUAUAAAUGUGCACCUUCUUACCAGUUGGAUGGGUCUAACAUUGUGACAUGUGUUAAUCGCAAGUGGAUAGGAAAGCCUGUAUGCAAAGAUAAUUCCUGUAUGAAUCCACCACAAGUGAAAAAUGCUACUAUAUUAACAAAGCUCAUGGCUAAGUAUGCAUCUGGUGAGAGAGUGCGUUAUGAAUGCAAUAAACCUUUUGAAACAUUUGGGGAAGUGGAAGUGAUGUGUUUAAAUGGAAUUUGGACAGAACCACCUCAAUGCAAAGAUUCAACAGGAAAAUGUGGGCCUCCUCCACCUAUUGACAAUGGAGACAUUACCUCCUUCCCAUUGCCAGUGUACCCACCAGCUUCAUCAGUUGAGUAUCAGUGCCAGGCCCUCUAUCAACUACAGGGCAGCAAGACAAUAACAUGCAGAAAUGGAGAGUGGUCAGAGCCUCCAAAAUGCUUACAUGCAUGUAUAAUAUCAAAAGAAAUUAUGGACAAGCAUAACAUAACACUCAGGUGGAAAGAAAGACAAAAGCUUUAUUCCCAGUCAGGAGAGAUGGUUGAGUUUAUAUGCAAAACUAGCUAUCAUCGCCAGCCAAAAUCUAAUCCAUUCCGUACCAAGUGUACUGAUGGUCACAUCAAGUAUCCUACUUGUGUCAAAUAAUGUCAAAAUAUUAGCAGAAUUUAUGUGUGCACCUUUGUUCAGAAUUUUUAUUAUUAAUACAAGGCUGUUUUCCUACUGAAGUGUUAACUCAUUUUUAUUCAUAAGUAUGAAUUUGUAUUGAUAUGUGAUGACAAAUUUGGAAUCUGAGAGACAGUUGCCAUGAACUGAAAGACAUUGCAAUCCAAGCUUAUAAACCAAGAUGUGAUGUGUCCCAGCAAAAAGAUCUAUGACAAGAAAUUAGAUGUAAUUACUUGAGUGUCUGUCUCUAUCCAUCACUUUCCCAACUCUCUCAAAACAUCCUAAAUGGCCUUUGAUCUAAGGUUCUGAUUCACAAUAAAUGGAAGACAUUGUCUCAGUUUUCAGAAUUGUAUUAUUUCACAAACAACUAAAAAUUAACGAAUGUACAUAAUUGCCACUUAUUUUUUUUUACUAAUAAAUAAACCUAAGAAGCAUUUUGUGUA